AUGUCGGGCUUGCCUGAAAUGAUGCGAGAGGCCCAUCAAAAGCAGAAUGCCUUAGCAGACGGCUGCAUUCAAGUUAUCAUACCCCCGAGCAUUGACGAUAGUGCUCAAAAAUACCAUCAUCGCUUCGAUCAAAAAGCAGAGUGGUUUCGAGUGACUAUGGCCAGCCAGACUGCGCAAGGCGAAGAACCUAUCCUGCAAGUUUCUGACCGUUUCAAGAAACUCUGCAAUCCGAGUGCUCACUACAGCCUCGGACAGUAUCCAAGCCUGGUGUCUUUUAUCGGGGACACCGGAGUCGGAAAGUCAACUCUUGUGCGUGCAAUGAACACAGUAGGCAUCGUCGACCAAAUGCAGACGUUAGGGAUUAUGGACUGGAGCCAGGUGUUUGGCUGCCAGCUCCAUGGUCCUGUCACACGAUCGACGUCCGGGAAGAAAUCAACGCGCCCAACGUCGGUCGGGGUCCACCUGUAUCGAGACCAGGUGUUGGCACACGUCAAAGAUGACCAUGGCAAUCAAGAGGAUGUGCCGAUUCUCUAUGCGGACUGCGAAGGAUUCUCCGCCGGAAGUAUGAAGACUGAUGCUGAGAGGAGUACCUCUAGCAACAUUCAGGUUGCUUCCGGGACUGGAGCUGUUUCCAUCAGCUCGCAGGUUUCACAAUCCAGACCGCAAACUGAGGCAAUCGUACUUCCUGAAGCUCAACCUAUUGUUGGCAUGGAGGGCCCUCUCCUGAUGGACCUCGUCAUCAAGACCCCUGGCUUUAAAGAGUUGGGAAAGACCAGUGCAGACGUAUUCUAUGCACGCUUUCUCUAUGCCUUUAGCGAUGUUGUCGUAUUUGUGAUAAACGAGGAACAGAAGAUGAAGCGAGAAAUGCAGCGGCUGCUUGAGUGGGCUGUGUCUGCAGUCAAGACUUCAGUACGGAGAAGCUCACCAAGGACCUUACUUGUUGUUCGCAACGGGCCAAGGGACCAUCAUGACUCCUUCUAUGACGAUGUCGACCUCAAAAAUGAGAUGUUCAACGAUUUCGGUGAAAUUUGGGAUGACUCGCGUAUACUGUCCGAAUACAAGAUCAAGCACGACUUGCAAUGCAGCCGCACAGAGGACAAAAUACAUGAUAAUGACCAGUACUUUGGACUCUUCUUCCGCCAAACGAAGAUUUGCUACAUCCCAAGCAUGCAGAAUAGACAGCCCCCUGAUCGCGUAUACCAGCAGUACUCGCACCUCCGCAAAUUGAUUGUCGAGGGAGUCCAGUCAGCUCAAAAAGCCAGAUCUAAAUCGUACUUCCGGCACGACGUAGCGUCGGCGAUCAACUUGACCAAUCGAGCGUUUAGACAUUUUGCAGAAUAUGAUGAACCAUUCGAUUUCCACGUCGCUGCAAGGAAAGACAAUCCCACACCCAUAUCCAUUCCCGGUCACAUAGCAAAUCUGUUGCGCCAUCUAGGAACCACAGUGGAGAAAUUCGCCAAAUUCGAGAUUAUUGUUGCGAUUGGCCUGGUAGCGUACAACUACAGAUCGUCUGCGCUCGGCCGCGAGCCGGAAGAGAUCUUUGACGAUGGCCUGCGAGAGCUGUGCUACAAGGGACUUCAGAUCUACCAAAAGCAGUUCCUGAGGUGCGCUCUCUGGAUGGACGAUGGAACCAGAUGCGUCAACUAUGCUUACAACCAUGAACACCACGAGAGUGGGAAAAACCUCAUCUGGAAAGGCUCGAUUGACCGGUCGAGUUUUGAGAAGGAGAUGUCUGUUGUAGUUGCCGACAUCAAGAAAGCUUUCAUUGACUUCUACUCGGAGCUGUGGAAUGUCAGUGCUCAGCAUGGGGCUCCUACCCUCGAAAGAACGUCAGCAUACCGACUCAGGAUCCUCGGCCGGGAACGAACCUUGCCAGAUGCUCCCAUCGCACGGGUCGGCACUCUGAGAUCAGAGGACUUCAACAAACCGGACGGAGUGUGGUCAACUGUGAAAAGUAAUAUGUCCUGCUUUGCUUGUCUCCAAUACGCGCCUGACCAUGUUCUGCCCUGCGGACACGGGUUUUGUGAGGAUUGCAUAAAGGAUUUCGGCAAGGUGCUUCCACAAAGCAGCUAUCAUUAUGCUUUGGACGAAUGCAUUCUAUGCGCCACAACAGCAGUUCAAUGGCACACACAACAGAAGAGAGAGACGUGGCAACCUGAGCGAGCGGCUGCAGAUGGCAGCUUAUUAGAGGGACUUUCUCCGCUACCGCAAAUUGCCCGACUCAACCCUCGAUGUGGAGGCAUCAGAGUACUCACUCUUGACGGCGGCGGUGUCAGGGGCAUUAUUGAGCUUGCUCUAAUCGAAAAGAUCGAGCAGAGGACAGGUUUGAAUCUCCCGAUUUCGGAAUUCUUUGACCUGGUGGUCGGCACGAGCACAGGGGGCAUCAUCUCACUAGCUAUCACGAGUUCGACAAAAGACAGCAGCUCAGUUGGACUGUCCGCUAAGUUCCUCAAACUUGCCGAAGUGGUUUUCAAGAAAGACCGCUUCGGCGAGCUGUGGAAAGUAGAUCCUCUCAACCUAGUUAACAAGUCCAAAAUUGCAAACAUCAUGAUGGCUCUGCGACUCAUCAAAAGUCGCUACAAAAGCGGAAAUCUCAAGGCUAGCUUGCUUGAGUUCUUUGACAAGGAUCAGCCUAUCUUCGGCGGAGCGGUGACAACUUGUAAGCAGAGAACAACACGGGUUGCGGUUACGAGCACGAGUGAUGGCGAGCCUUGCCUCUUCACGAAUUACAGUCGCGCGUCAUAUGAUCGCGAGGACUUGUCAGACCGCGACCACUUGGUGGACAACAAGGGGUUUGAGCGGCAGGACAACCCUGAGAAUGAAGCCCGAGUGUGGGAAGCGGCCAUGGCGACGUCCGCCGCGCCAGGAUACUUUCGUGAAUGGCGGAUCGAUGAUCCAGAGAACAGAAGGCAAGGGAAGGUCCCUUUCAGAGACGGGGCGUUGCACUCGAAUCUUCCCGUUCAAUGUGCUCUCGAAGAGCAAGACAGAAUCUGGCCUGCGCACAAGGGCUACAAGAAGCCAUUGGACAUUCUCGUGUCUCUGGGUACGGGCAAACAGCUCAAGGACACAAAGAUUCCUGGGUGGAUGAAGUUCGCAGGGGUUGAAGACGUUGCGGCAGCAUACUACAAGAACGUCGUCAAUACAGACGCCGUGUGGGAGGCGUUUGCCAAGAGCCAGAGCAAGAACUUUUCGCCUCAUCGCCAUUUUCGGUUAACAAUCAAUUUGGAGGAGCCCGUCGGGCUUGACGAAUGGGACAAGAUGCGCGAACUCAUCGAGAAGGUCAGCAAGGAGUACGCGGCGUCCGAGAAAUCGAAACGCCCAACCGGCCUGUGGAAUCAGGUCGAAACGGUGGCGUACAAGCUCACGGCGGCGUUGUUGUUCUUCGAGCCCGAGCGGUGCGACUCGGUCCCUUUGCGCGGUAGAGGCCGGGAGGAAAUCAGUGGCAACAUUCUCUGCAGGCUACAGACGCCUAGCGUCGCGUUGCGCAACCUCAUCUACCGUAUCGAUGGAUUCCACCACCAGACUGCCAAUCGGCACGAGACGCCCAUCCACCUGCGUAGAGACUGGAAGGACGCCCUCCUGCUGGCCGAGAGGACAAACCAGCCCUUCGCGAUCCCUUGUCGUCUGGACAACACGGAGGGCGACACCGUUCCGCAGAGCUUGCUCGUGAAGCUGAAGCCUCCAGCUGAGGCGGGACGGGCGGUCUCAUGCCCCAUCAGCGGGUUUCCUGUGACGUACAAGGAGUUGAAGGCGGGCAUGUUGCAGAGGGGUAUCCAGUGA